AUGCAUGCAGGGCAAAGGAUAAUCCAAGCUUUUCGCCGGAAACAAUACCCCUUGCUUAUGUCCAAGCGAGGAUUGCUGACAAAGAGCUAUAAUCGAGGGCCUUCGAAUCCACCUUUAAUUGAAUCAACCGUCGGUCAACACUUCGCCAAAAUAGUGGCAGAUCACGGUGACAGAACAGCUGUCAUAUCGAGACAUCAAAAUGAUCGCAUAUCCUAUGCAUCACUAGAUGCCAGAAGCAAUGCCCUAGCCAGAGGGCUAGAGUCCGUCGGAGUCAGGAAAGGUGACAGAGUCGGUGUUAUGCUUGGGAACAGCAUGGAAUAUGCUGUGGCUACAUACGCACUGUUCAAACUCGGAGGCAUCCUGGUACCACUCAAUCCAUCGUUCAACAUCGAUCAAGCGGUCUGCGCAUUGAAACACCUUGAGUCGAGCCAUCUCAUCAUAAAUGCAGAGUCCAAUCUUCCUCGCAGAAGUCCCCGCAGCAAUAUACCUUUUCUUGAACAUCUGGUCGAGGAUCUCUCGGCGUCUAAACUGACUUCUACCUUGGUACCUUCACUAAAGGAAAUAAUCCUUGUUGACAACUCCGACGGCCGUAUGGAUGCAUCGUCUUUCAAGAGUCUAACAUCAUUUUCCUCAAUCGAUUCCCAAUUAUCUGCAGAUAGAAAGCCCUUGAUGGAGCGAGAUCUUUCUCCGCAUGACAUUGUGAAUAUUCAGUUCACUUCUGGCACAACGGCGAUGCCAAAAGCAGCAUGUCUUAGCCAUCGAUCUAUCCUGAAUAAUGGUUCGCAUAUUGGAGACCGCAUGCUUCUCACCCCAAAUGAUAUCGUCUGCUGUUCACCGCCGCUCUUCCAUUGCUUCGGUUCCAUUCUUGGGUAUAUGGCAACAGUCACGCAUGGUUCAGCCAUUGUCUUCCCAUCCGAGUCAUUUGAUGCGUAUGCCGCACUUAAAUCAGUUCAAGAAGAGAAAUGCACUGCAUUAUAUGGUGUUCCAACCAUGUUUCUAGAGGAAAUCAGCCUGAUUGAAUCAGGCAAGAUAUCUAUGGAUGGUUUUCAACAUUUACGGACCGGUAUCGCAGCAGGGAGCAGCGUUCCCGCAGAGCUAAUGAAAAAACUUCAUAGCAUAUUAAACCUGACGGAGCUGACAAUCUGCUAUGGCAUGACAGAGACCAGCCCCGUCUCUGCCAUGACUACUACAGACGACCCAAUCGAAAAAAGAAUCUAUACUGUGGGAAGGCCAUUGCCACAUGUUGAAACUAAGAUUGUAAACCCUGAAGAUAUCACAGAAACUCUCCCAAUUGAAACACGCGGAGAGUUGGCCGUCAGCGGCUAUCUGCUGAUGAAGGAGUAUUGGAAUGAUCCAGAGAGAACGGCCGAGGUGAUGGUCGCAGACGAGAAUGGGAAACUUUGGAUGCAUACUGGCGACGAAGCAUCAAUGUCUCCGGAUGGUUAUAUCUCUAUUACCGGCCGCAUCAAAGACUUGAUUAUUAGAGGUGGCGAAAAUAUUCACCCUUUGGAGAUUGAGAACUGCUUGCUAGCAAAUCCCGAGAUCGUAGACGUGUCUGUUGUCGGCAUACCAGAUGAGCGAUAUGGUGAAGUUGUUGCUGCCUUUGUGAACCUUCGGAAAGAGGCAUCUAUUACUGUUCAGGAAAUUCAGCAAUGGGUGCGGGAGAAGCUAAGUAAUCAUCUGGUCCCCAAACAUGUUUUCUUCCUUGGACCGUUAGAGACUUUCCCAAAGACGGCAAGCGGAAAGAUACAAAAGUUCCAGCUUAGGGCGAAAGCUAUCGAACUUCUAGAGAAAGAGGAAGCAAAACCAUCCGAUGUCUGA